AUUAUUUGUCCAAUUACAUUAUUAAAUUGUAUACCUAUUUAUAUAAAAAAGCAAAACUAAAAUUUGUAAUUUUGUUAGUUUUGGUUAUAAACUCAACAUGUUGUUUAAUUGUAGCUGUGUCCCAUUAUUAUUAGUGUUGUUUUUUUCAUAUUUUUUAACUGAGGCAAGGAUAACGGUUUUUGUGAUGGAGGAAUGUUUACGCGAAACAAAUACACCAUGGACGUCAUCUCAAAUAUCUACCAAAGUCGCCAAUCAACGUUUAUUGUGCCUGCACAAGUGCAUUUACAAGAAAUCUGGUAUUAUCGAUGAUAAAGGAAAUUUCCUAAUAAACUCAAUCAGGGAAGAAAUGACGAACUCCACCCUGAACGACAAUUACAAGGAAGAGUUAUUUGACUGUCUUGAACUCAUUGAAAAAAUAACGAAUUGUGACGAUAUACGUUUGAUUAAUAAUUGUUUUGGAAAUGGUGUUAUAAUAAACAAGAGAAACUACUAAUUG